CUUGCUGCUGUGUUUGAUGGUAGCAUGCAGAUGAGAGCCGAAGACUCGAAGCAGGCUGCUGGAGGUGACUUUCCUGAGUAGCAGACAAAAAAAGAGGACUUUCGGUGAGAGUUUGCCUCGACAUCAUGGAUUACUGGAGUGCCUUGGAGGUGUAUAAGGAGAUGCUGCUGCUGUACCUGGAGGAGGGCCGGCGGCAGGUCAACUCACGCUGUGCGGACUUGGAGCCCUGGCAGAUCAUCGGAGCCACCGUGGUCACCACACUGGGAGCAGUCUGGAUCAAAGGCUUCCUCUUCCAGUCAGAAAGUCUCACAUCCCGAAUCAAGAAGCAGUGCUUUCGACUCAUCAGAAAAAUACCCUUUGUUGGGGGGGCAAUUCAGAGCCAGCUCAACAAGGCUUUGGAUGACAUGUCUGCCAGUCUGUGUACUCUGAAGGAAGGAAUGAGCUACACUAAACAGCUGCCCGCAAAAGGUCUUUCUCAGAGCCAAGUGCUGGACAAAAUAAGACAGUACGAAACACUUAAUGAGGUGCAGUGGGAGAAAGGAUGUGUUUCGGGUACAGUGUACUGGGGUGAUGAAUCACUGACCAAUCUCCUGGUGAAGGUGUAUGGAGAUUUUGCAUGGAGCAACCCACUUCACCCAGACAUCUUUCCUGGCGUAAGAAAGAUGGAGGCAGAGGUUGUUCGAAUGUCUUGCACACUUUUCCACGGUGGACCGAACUCGUGUGGCACAGUUACUUCAGGGGGGACUGAGAGCAUACUGAUGGCCUGCAAAGCAUACAGAGACAUGGCUUAUGAACGUGGAGUCAAAUACCCCGAAAUCCUUGCACCUGUGAGCGUCCAUGCAGCCUUCGACAAAGCAGCACAUUACUUUGGGAUGAAGCUCGUUCACAUCCCCCUGGACAUGAAGACUAUGAAAGUAGAUGUGAAGGCUAUGAAAAGAGCCAUCAGCAAGAACACCGCCAUGCUCGUGUGCUCAGCGCCUCAGUUUCCUCAUGGAAUCAUGGAUCCAGUUGAGGAAGUAGCAAAGCUGGCUGAACGCUACAACAUCCCGCUGCAUGUGGAUGCCUGUCUGGGAGGUUUUCUCAUUGUUUUCAUGGCCAAGGCUGGCUACCCACUCGCCCCAUUUGACUUCAGGUUAAAAGGUGUUACCAGCAUCUCUGCAGACACCCACAAGUAUGGUUACGCCCCCAAAGGUUCCUCAGUGGUCCUCUACAGUGAUAAGAAGUACCGUCACUACCAGUACUUUGUAGCUCCAGACUGGCAGGGGGGGAUCUACGCCUCACCCUCUGUUGCAGGCUCCAGGCCAGGAGGAAUCAUCGCCGCCUGCUGGGCGACCAUGAUGCACAUGGGAGAGAGUGGAUACAUAGACGCCACCAAGAAGGUCAUCAGCACGGCACGCAAAAUCAAAGCAGAACUCAGCAAGAUAAAAGGUGUGUUUGUGUUUGGGAAUCCGGAGGUGUCGGUGGUGGCAAUAGGCUCAGAUGUUUUUGAUAUUUUCCGUCUGUCUAAUGCCCUCACCUCCAAGGGCUGGAAUCUGAACACACUGCAGUACCCAUCCAGCAUCCACAUUUGUUGCACAGUUCUGCACACACAUCCUGGCGUCGCUGACAAGUUUGUCAGUGAUGUCAAAGAGCAGGUUGCCGUCAUCAUGAAGAACCCCAAAGAGAAAACCACAGGAAUGGGCGCGAUCUACGGCAUGGCUCAGUCUAUCCCAGACAGAUCCAUGGUGACAGAGAUCUCCCGAGGUUUCCUGGACUGUCUCUACAGCACUGAGGUGCCCAAGUCAAACACCAGCCACAUGAACGGCAACGGCAAAGCCCACUGAAGCAGGACCGGGUCGCCUCGGCCCACCCUCACCGCAUGCAGGGAAACACGCUCGCCUCGCCCCAGAGCUCUGAGCUAAUUGUUCAACGGUUGCCUUAUCUUGCAUACCUACACCACACGGAAAACAUCUGCAAAAAUCUUUGAAGCACAAGCCAUCGUCAUUUUAAUCAGCCCAGAGGGAAAUCGCUCGUAACACUGCGCCUGAGUGGCACGGAGAAGAAAUGACUGGUUCCAAAUGUGUUUUAGUCUUUUAAUUUGAUUUUAUUAAUGUAGUGGAAGUAUGCGUGAGUUUGUCUCAUUUUAUUUGUUUUAAAAGUUCAUUUCAAUUUCAGCUUUUGUUAAAUGCACAUGUCUGUCAUCCUGUAGUCACUGAUUGCAAAGCAAAAACAGUUGUUUUUUAUUUUAUUUUUUUUCCUCAUGUUUUUUAAUGCCGGAACAUUUCAACUCGCUGCCAUCACUGCUUCACUCUCUGUGAUGACUCAGCAAAAAAAAACACAGACCACUGAAAGCUUGUCAGAAGCGCUGUGCUGCUGCCCUCUAGCAUAACACAUGACGUAGUGCUCUAAACAGGCUCUACAUGUGGAGGCCUGUCCAAGGUGUUUAGUUAUCAUUAUCAUGUAAUAGUUCUCUGGAAAAACAACAUUUUUAAUGUCAAAGCACUGCAGUGUCCUGAUAAGAACAUAUCAGGUUCAUCUGUACAUCACUUGAAACUGCUACUCUGAUGUUGUGGUAGAAGUUUGUAAGCAUGAACAUGCAUGUCCUUGUUUGUUAGCACUUCGUAGGUUAACAUUCAGUUUGUUUUUAGUCUGCAUCUACAGAGUUUGGAUGUGCAGGCAGGGGAGAAUGAUUUGGACGGUGGGAGCUUUUAAUGCCAUUCAUGUUCAAUACAAUUGUCUUUAGAUUUAAAUUGGGAGAAGCUGUAACCAGGGCAUGAAUGUUUUGAAAGCGGCUCGUGGAAUCCAAAGGGCUUCAGCUUCUUUUUUGAUUUAGUUGAUUGUUCGUCACUAUUGGAAAAGGGCUUCCACACAGUAGCCUGCUUGUAAAGUAGCACAUUUAACAUUUAAAAGACUGGACUGAAGGCUGUUUCCAACCCUGGUCUACUGUAUAUUAUCAAGAGGUAGAUGCUUAAUAUUUCCUCUGUAGUCUGCAUAUUGUCACCUGUGUACCACCUUGUUUAAUAAUUUGUCUCCUAAUUCAAUCUACCUCAGUUUCUACUCAAUGCAAAUGCCAUUUAUUCAUCCGUCGAAACGCGGUCUAACAGGGCGACCAUUUCUAGCAUAAUUACCUUCACACUGUUAGGGUAUUUGACUGCACUGUAAGUGUUCUUAAACAUACUGAUACUGAAAGGAAACAGAUUCACUGUGACGGGUUUUGAUCCACAGACUGUCAUAUUUGAGCGACUCAUUCCUGCCCUGUCUGAAUGUGGAUAUAUUUCGCUAAAUGUCCAUUCAGCAGGAUCUGUACACAUUGACUAACAGGUUGACAACUGAACAAUGGCUACUGUAACACCAUGAGGACCGUGUGUUGUUCUUUUCUUUCAUGUGCUCUCCUAAUAUUGCUUCUUGUGUAUUUCCAUGAAAUGAUUUCCAUGUUUGUGCAAUAUCUAACUUUUCCUUUUAUGAAGUUAAGCGAAUGGGGGAUGCUCUACUAUUAAUGUUUAAGAGACAAGUCAUUUGAAGCAUAGUGUAAUUUAACCAUGUGUGUGACCACUGGGUGUUUAUUAAUCACUUAAUUUGUGAGUUUGUUUUGUGACUUGUGUUUUCAACAAUUGUGUUUUUACACACUGAGCAGUUUUAAAAGAUUAGACAUGAAUGUAUUUAGGUUCUUACAUGUGUGGGGAUUUUUUUUUUUUUUCAUCUUUUAGUCAGUGCCUGGUUAAAAGACAGAGGACACAACGCCCCCGCUAGAGAUCGAAGCUUGUACCGUCAUCAUGUGUCCAUCUAUCCAUCCUUAAAUACUUUGCCCAGUGACAGGGUGUGGAAACCCAUGCCCACGCAAAAAAAAAAAAAAAACUUUUCCAACAAUGACUCAUCCUGUUUGCUUUGG